AAUCCGCAACAAAUUGGUGACCCUCAGCAGAGAACCAAUCUCUCACUGGCAUUGGGAAUUCCCUUCUCUCGUCUCUCAAUCCCCUCUGUGAUCUCUCCCUCCUCGAACGACCAUCACCACACACCCGCUGCCGUUUCUCACGACAAGUUAGAUCCUGAUUUCCGCUCAACAGAGACUCCUUCUCUCAUCGGCGACGCAAUUGUUCUUCACAUCGCUCUUUUCAUCUGUUGUUUCCUUCCCACGAACGAUCAGCACCUCAACGGCACCCCGACUCUUUCCUUUCACUGGCUAUGA